AUGAGCACAUAUUCAAGAGUUCCUCAUGCCGAAGAAGAAGACGUCCAAGCGAUAGAACUGCAGGUUCCCUCUUCGAACGCUGAGGCCUCUACUUCCAGUUCUUCAAAUGCAGCACAAGUUGGUGACAACAAUGAUAUAAUAGAGACUGAACUUACUCCCAUGAUUAUCGAGGAGGUUGUAGAAGAGUCCGCCGAGACCGAGAAUGAAACUGGUGCAGAAAACGGUUCCAACAGUGGGAACACUAGAUUUUCCAUAUUAAAGAAGAUCAAGAGGAAAAUUAGUAAUCAACCUCCUGCUCUACCUUCGAGUACCGACGGUGUAUUCUCAAAUUUGUCUGCUAAACCUGACACAAUGGCUGACAACGAAGAUAAAAAUCCACCGCCAUACGAAACAGCAGCGGCUGAUGCAGCACCACCAUACUUGGAAACAACCAACAUUACAACUGGUUUAUGUGGGGACGAAAUGCUUGUCGAAGGUUUGCCCGACGAUGGUAAUUAUUAUUACGAAGAUCCCGAUAUUGGUGACAAGGAAUUGUUGGCUCGUAGUGCAUGGAUAAGCUACAUCCUCAUGGCUUUGGGAUGGUUCAUCGUCAUUCGAAGUGUUACGGACUAUAUUCGAGUUAAAAGGUUGGAAUCAACCAUGAGAUCAAAUCCCGAAGAGAAUGUGUAA